AUGAGAGAAGAAGGAGAACGAGCACAGACCGAGGACGAUGGUUUCUCCUCCAAAAAAUCAUCAGCAAAACUGGAAUCCGGUCCGUCCGAUGUGGAAUACAGAAAGUGGCGGAAAUUCACUUCCGAGCAAGUUUCCAAACACGCGCGCCUCCACGACGGAUGGAUAAUAGUCCAUAAACGCGUGUACGACAUUACCUCGUUCGCGAAAACACACCCUGGGUUUAACAACGCCGGUCAAGUGUCGACGGCGUUAGCGAUAGCGAGGAGUUUAGGGAAAGAUGCGACGGAGGAGUUUACGGAGAUUCAUUCCUUGACCGCGUGGAAGCAGCUGAGAGAUUUUCAGAUUGGCGUUUUGGCGAGAGAAGGCGAGGAUGCAUCUGUUAUUGUCUCGGAGGACGAUAAUAUUGAGCACGUGAUACCGGAAUGGUUAAAAAACGAUCGGGAUUUUUGGGUGCGAUAUAGCGGCGGGGUGGACGCGUCCGUGUUGAGGUAUUUGACGAAGAACGGGUAUCCGCAAGAGGAGGAUGGCGACGACGACGACGACCCCGAGAAGAACAAGAACAAGAACACGAAGAACACGAACACUAGAAAAUCCGCAAAUACGAAAAUAAACAUAAAAAUCCUCGCGUUCGUCGUCGCGCUCGGGAGUAGCGCCUUAGCGGCAGUCAAAAGUAACAACACCGGCGCCAAAACGAGCGAGAGAGGAGAACACCAUCGGUGGCUUUGGGAAGGGAACAACAACAACAAGUUCACCUCGCGCGCGCGGUAG